CCGGGACCUUUCAGUGAAUUAUUUGGAAUUAAAAACAAAUGGACUAAUAUUCUAAGUGCUAGGCCACUACUAUAAUAACCUUGCCCUUCCUCAAAUCCUCUAUGGAUUCUCUCUUUGCAAGCGCCAAGGCCCUGUAACGCAACACGGAAGUGUAAGACAAGGCCUUUGGCCUUUGGCAACCAUUUCCCACCGGAUUAUACCGGAUUCAUGUGGCGCUUCUUGGCCAAGGUCAGGUCUUCAAACGAGACUGGGAGAAGGCGGACCUCGCCAGAUCAUGUCUGGAAGCGCUGUUGAAGAGCAAGGGAGCGAGGCCGGCCAGCUCCGCCUGUGAAGCCAUGAUCGACUUCGUGUGCUUCGUGGGUUUGAGUCACUUCGUCGCGGUGGGCGUCACCCGAUCCUUCGAGCCCUCCGAGCCGACGGAAGGCCCAUGCGCCGUGGACGAUGAACCAGAGGAGGAGUCUGAAGAGGCUGCUCGGGCGCGACGGGUGGAGGCGCAACAGCAGAAGAAGUCCACCCGACGCUGGGACUACACUGGUGGUUAUCGCCCGGUUGAGCCUGAGAGCAACGAGCAGGCCACCCUUCGAUUGAUCAACGCGAGAGGGAACAACUUGAAGCCGAAGGCGGCAGAAGAUGAGCGCCAAGCAGAACACCAAGGCCCAGAAGAUGGCUCCAAGACAAAGACGCUCUACAAGCGGCAUUUGUGCCUUUACUUUGAGCGUGGGCAUUGCGAGAAGGGCCUUCACUGCACCUUUGCCCAUGGACUCGACGAGCUGCGGGACCCACGGGAGGAUCGAGCCAGGCCUUCCGCUGCUGAGCCGGAAGGCAAGCGCACACAAGAGAUGCCUCGGCGCUUCAAGCGGGACUUGUGCGUUUACUGGCAGCAGGGUACCUGCCAGAAGGGCAGCGCCUGUACCUUCGCACACGGCAGUGAAGAGCUGGUGGACUCGCGCUCCAACGGCAUUGCUGUGCACCAGGGCCCUUCGUGGGAGACGGGCCCCAUGGGCUUUCGGCCCGAGGAACGCCGUGGCGCCAACUCCAAGCCGACCCGAAAAAUGAUCUGAGGAGCCGAGGGGGUAGAAUUCGGCCUACCAUGCUUAUCCCCCUGGCCAAGCCUGUCAGGGGGGGAUCCACUCAAGGUGAGCGUCCCCCACGGC